CCACCGCCGCCGCCGCCGCCGCUGGUAUCUCAAUGGGCUUCUCCUGCGCGCCUCCCCGUGUCAGGACGAAUCCCGAAGCCGCGGCGCCUCGUGCAGGGGAACCAUCACUGCAGCUCGAGACCGGGUCCCGGAUCGGGGGCUACAGGGGGAGGCGACGGCGGCGGCAGCGGGAGCCCCACCGGGGGCCUGGAACUGGGGAACUGCCUCCGGCUUCACGAUGCCAGUAUGGACAGAAUAGCUUAUGAUGCUUAUCCCCACCUACCACUUCCGAGACAUUGAGCGGAAGCCAGAAUACCUCCAGCCUGAGAAGUGUGUCCCACCUCCUCAUCCCAGUCCUGUGGGAGCCAUGUGGUUUAUCCGCGACGGCUGUGGCAUUGCCUGUGCCAUUGUUACCUGGUUUCUGGUCCUCUAUGCAGAGUUUGUGGUCCUCUUUGUCAUGCUGAUUCCAUCCAGGGACUACGUAUAUAGCAUCAUCAACGGAAUUGUGUUCAACCUGCUGGCCUUCUUGGCCCUGGCUUCCCACUGCCGGGCUAUGCUGACGGACCCCGGGGCAGUGCCCAAAGGAAAUGCCACCAAGGAGUUCAUUGAGAGUUUACAGCUGAAACCCGGGCAGGUGGUGUACAAGUGUCCCAAAUGCUGCAGCAUCAAGCCCGACCGAGCACACCACUGCAGUGUUUGUAAGCGGUGCAUCCGGAAGAUGGACCACCACUGUCCCUGGGUCAAUAACUGUGUUGGCGAGAACAACCAGAAGUACUUCGUCCUGUUUACAAUGUACAUAGCUCUCAUUUCCUUGCACGCCCUCAUCAUGGUGGGAUUCCACUUCCUGCACUGCUUUGAAGAAGACUGGACAAAGUGCAGCUCCUUCUCACCACCCACCACGGUGAUCCUCCUCAUCCUGCUGUGCUUUGAGGGGCUGCUCUUCCUCAUUUUCACUUCAGUGAUGUUUGGGACCCAGGUGCACUCCAUCUGCACAGAUGAGACAGGCAUAGAACAAUUGAAAAAGGAAGAGAGAAGAUGGGCUAAAAAAACAAAAUGGAUGAACAUGAGAGCCGUUUUUGGCCACCCCUUUUCUCUAGGCUGGGCCAGUCCCUUUGCCACGCCAGACCAAGGGAAGGCAGACCCAUACCAGUAUGUGGUCUGAAGGACCCUGACCAGCACUGCCACUCAGAGACACAAACCGCAUCACAGCACUACCGUCCGAUCCAUUCUCAUGAAUAUUUAAACCGAGAAAGCAAAACAAGUACUCUAAAACUUUUUUUUAUGUCUCAAGUAAAAUGGCUGAGCAUUGCAGAGAAAAAAAUGGCCCCAUGUUUUAUUUUUAAAAGAUCAUCCUUUACUUUUUGGUGACCGAAGCUGCUCUUCUUUUUUCCUUUUUAAAAUCACUCCUCUGGCCUCUGGUUUCCUCUCUGCUGUCUGCCUGGCAUGACCACCGUGGAGGGUACUCUCUGCGGGCAGCACCCACCACUACUAACUGAGUGGGACGGGAACCUGGAGCGUGGAUGGACCCGUCCAGAUGCCUGGCUGGGGAUGUGUGGGAGAGCCAGGAGGGCCCGUGAGCUCCCACUGCCCAGGAGGCAACGGGGGCGCCCCAUGUGAACUUAAAACCUGUCCGAAGAUGGAUCCUGCCCCUUGUGGCCCGAGAGGGGCAGGAUCAGGGCUGGAGCCCUAAGACGGGCCCUUGGCACAGCGACUUCAUCCCCCAUGUGAACAUGGUUUGCCUCCUAAUUCAUGAAAUCAAUUGCCUGCCUUGUGCUUUAUGGGCUUGGGGUGUGUAGAUGACUUUUGGGGGAGUGAGAAGAUGAAAGAGGUCUUAUUUGUAUUCUGAAUCACCAAUUAUAUUCCCUCUGAUCAUUUGAAAAAGUGUGAAGGAAAGAAGUUCUUCCAGUUCAAAAUGCCUUACACAAUCAAAAGAAGAAAAAAAUUACACAAUUCUAGGUGAGCUACGCUUUCCUCUUCUAAAUCCUUUUACUCUCUUACCUCCUCACGUCCCUCCCUCUCCCAGCAGGACGCCAGUGAAGCAGUGUUAACACUGCCUCCAACAGCCAGUCUCCAUCACAUGCAGCCCUGCAGUCAGCCCUUUCAAACUCUGUAAAUCUCUAAAGCGGGUUCACUUUCUGAUAUUCCAGACCCAUAAAUGUACAUGUCUUACCUGUAUUUUAACCUGGGAGACUGUUGUCCCGGCAUGGGGCUGACCAUGACACAGGGGUGACAUUAUAGCCCCCAAACUUUUUUAAGCUGGUAGAUGACCAUCCUAUUUGCUGGAAUCAGCAGAUAAACAUGGGACUGAAUUGCUCUUCAUUUGGAGGCACUUGCUGGGUUGUCUGAUUUGAAAGAGGCCUGAAGGCAGUGGGGUCGGGUGAGCGGAGAAUGCAGAAAAUAGGGAGCACCCAUCAAAUGCAGAAAUCACAGGAAUCUGAACACUGACCAUCUGUGGACUCUCACACGUGGGUUGUUUUUUUUAUGUGAUCGCUGCAAACCUUUUACUGCUUUUGCUUGAGUGGGGGAUAAGGUUUAUUAAAUCCGAUCCUGGAUAGAGAGAAAGUUAUCAAGCCAUGUAAUUUUUCAGGAAAGUAAGUGGAACAUGCUGCCUUUUCAAUUCUGUCAGUGCUUCCACAUGGAAGCAAAAUGCAAUAAAAUUUUUCCAAAACCUGUUCUGAUUGGACUCUGCUCUCUCACAGUUACCCUGCAGGGAGAGCGGAUUGUCCAGUCAAUGCAAGCUGGUACUGUUAGGGCGUUGUUUCAUUGCUUUUAAAGGACAUUAUUUAGGCUCCCUCCACUGAUGAGGUUUUUGUUGUGUCCCUUUUGAAGGGACAGGCUCGCCCCACCAGGCCUCCUUUGGCUUUCUCAACCUGAACCCCUUCCCUUGUGCUUCUGGGCUAACAGGAGCCAUCGAGUCUGUGGAGUUGCCACAAGGGUCGGCACUGGGGAAAGACCCAUUUCCUCUGCCCACCCAGCAGAAAGCAAAGCCAAGAGGAGGUCCCUGCAAACAUCCACAAGCAUUCUGGCACAUGGCUCUGGGAGGCUCUCCACCACCCCUCAGAUGUUAACCCAACUGACCUUUGCUAAAUCAGUUAAUUUUGACUUGCUUCUACUGUGCUACUUAUGCUGUAGUCAAGGCUGAGAACUAGGUUUUCUUUAUGCUGUUUUUAAAUCUAGUUUAUAGCAUUUAUUUCCCACAAGCCUUUUUUGUUUUGUUUUGACAGUUCAGGUGUUUGAAGAAGUGUGGCUGUUAAAUGAUCCUAGAGCAGUUUAGGAGGCCCUGGGCCUGCUACACCCCUCAGGCGUCCAGCCCUUGGAAGGCAAUGCUGUCGUUCUGUUCCUCCUGCUUGGGGAGGGAGACUAGAACUCGGGGAAUAUUUUCUAAAUGUUUAGAUGGCCUCAAAAUAUUCCAUCUUCAAGGGCAUUUUUUAAGUGACCCAGGUUGGUUCUUUUCCCUGUGGAAUUUCUAAGGACCACAGUGGAUAGUGCUGAAGAUGGAGUUUUCUUGAGUCCUAAAAAUAGAAACUCGUUUAAACCUGAGCACACCACAUGAUGUCUUUCCCAGAGGCAAAGGCUCCUGACACCCUCGUGAUUCUACCUCUGGGUUCUUACAAGCCAUUUGGCUGAAAGACUGAAUGUCCUCCUGCUCUCAAGAUAGAGGGAAAUGCUGCACUCAGAAGAUAGCACCCCAAGAUUCCCUGUGGCUUUCCUAUUUCAUUUUUCUUGAGAUGGAAAACAUCUUGCUGAGAGCAUAAUGACUAUGGAUGUGGCUGUUGCAUGCAGCAUAGUGCCUAGUCCACAACAUGGUGUCCGCCCAGGGAGAAAGGCAUCCCCGAGGUCUCCCCAGCAUUCCUAGCCAGCUGAUGAAGGAGGACAGCUGUCUACACCAAGGCAUCCUGAGCAUUUUGCCUCAACACAAGAGUUGUGACAGCACUGAAUGGUGCACACCUGGGAGAGGAGCCAGUGGUAACCACAGUCUUUCAAAACUUGGGCUUUGGAGAGUGGCAGUGGAAAAUAAAGAGGGAAGUGGCGUGACAGGUUGGAGCAGGUGAUUCCUUCCUGCCUGUCAACCUCAGGUUUGUGUUCGUAGUGACCAGACUGAACAUGCAAAAGGCCCAGGUACAAACACAUGCACACAUAUUUGGAUGGGCUUGGUGACCUCGUGCACACAGAGGGAAUCUGGGUGCAGAUGUGUGAGCCAAGUCUUUCAGUCAUACCAUUUCAUCUUUCUAAUACUUUUUUCUUGGAAGAACCAAAAGUGAGACACCUUGAAUCACCAGCUUUUGCUUAUUCUGGCUCGGCUGCUUGGGAAGUUAAAAUCCACCUUCCUGACACAGGAAUCUUACAGGUGAAGUAAAUUAAAUGUUUAUUGAGCCCUAUGUCAGGCGGCAUCAUUUAGAAAGCCCAGACCCUGGGUGGUGGCAGUGAGCUCUCCCAGCCAGCCUGAUGGGCUUUAAGUUUCUCUCAUUUCAAGUACAUCAGCCCGAAGAGUGGGCCAGCCAGGUGAGGCUAGGGUCUAGGCGCAGAAGGAGCCCUUAAAUACCAAAGAAAUGUGAAGAGGAAGUUUGUGCUGCAAUCUCUCUCAAGAAUCUCCUUGCUGGCAAUACACUGAAUCAGUGUGCCUCAAAGCCUGACACCCAGACCAGACCAGCAUCAGCAGCGCCCGGGACCAUGUUGAAAUGCACAUUCUCAGGCCCCACACCAGGCCUGAGUCAGAAACUGAGGGCAGGGCCUAGCAACCCAGGUUGUACCAGCCCUCCAGGUAUUUCCGGUGCAUGCUCAAUCCUGAGAAUCUACGUGGGGCGUCCAGGGCUCCCCUGGAGAUGGUCCCUGAUGCCCGGUGAUGAUGUGGUCUCGGGUGCUGCCGGACUCAGCGUGGUGCCAGGCUGGGUCGACUGAGCCCCUCUCCCCUCAUGCCUGCAGCCUGACCAGCAAACACAUGCUGAGGAAACAGGGAAGUCUGGUCAAAGGGGAGCCAAUUAUGAGUGUGCCCAGCAGUCUUACCACACUUCUCAUCUGUCCAACCAGUUUCUGGACCAAGGGGCCCUCUGGAUGAAGAACACUUGAGAGGGGAAGGAGUGGAGCCGGGGUCCCCCAGGCAGGAAUGGUAGCUGGGAGUGAACAGCCUGGGGCCCGGCCUUGGUUUCCAUCUGUGGGCCUCAACACCGCGUGGCUUUUCCCUUAGUUCGCAGAAUCACCUCAUAGGAGAUAAAGAAUUCAGUGAAACAGGCUAUCGGCCAGUCUACUCUCCCAAACUGAAGACUUGGUUUCCUCGCCCUCUCCCUCAAGAAAAAAUCAUCAAUGACUUUAACAGCGUGAUCAUACUCUCGCAAAGCGGAGCGGCCCACAGGGACCCCUCCCGGUCUGCGCACGCAGGAGCUGGCGAGACCGAUCCAAGGGAUCGUGAAAGCAUCGCAGAGUGGCGGCUGCGAAGCCCUGGGGAAGGUGCGCGCUCCGACAGGGACAUGAGGGGUGCCCUGGAUUUCUCCAGCUGCCGUGAUGCAGUCUAGUGAUGGGGUAUUUGGGCCCUGGCCUCAGUCCUUGGUUCAGAUCCCCUUCCUAUCUGUCCUUAGGCAGUAACUUACUUGACCCUCAGUAUUCUCAUCUGUAAAAUCAGAGAGAUAAUCUAGAUCACAAGGUCGAUGUGAGGAUUAAGUGGGAGUAAUGAACCUUAAUGUUAAUCCAGAUGGUGUCUGGUGAAUGGUGUGGCUUAGUGAAUGUGGGCUCCAUUAGAGCAGUGUUUUCAAAUCAUGGUCACAGCUGUUCCAGAUUUGUGAGGUCAUUUUAUUGGUUCACAACAGCAUUUUUUAAAGAAAUAAAAAAUAAUGUAUUACACA